ACAAGUGUAUUCAAAUAUUUUUUAAUAAAUUUUAGAAAACAUAAAUUCAUUUAAUUGGAAUGAGUGCAUAAGUUUUUCUACGUUGAGGGCGCCUGAGAGUGCCAUCAAUGGCCGCCGCUAGACAGAGUUGGACAAGAUAUGUUCCUGGUAUUAUAGAAUCUGGAAAUUAUACACAAUUGUCAACCAAAAUAUUUGCGAAGCUGUCCUAAGAUGGCUGGAAGGGGGAAGGCUGGAAGAGGACCAGGUUCUAUUGCUUAUCAGUAUGAAUUUUGGGGGAAUUUUUCAUGGGAAGAGUACUUGAAAGAGACAGGAGAUACACCUGCCCCACAUUCAUGUUUCAAACAGUCACCCAUUCCUCCUAAAAAUGAGUUCAAGUUGAAUAUGAAAUUGGAAGCAAACGAUCCAAGGAACCUUACAUCCACAUGCAUUGCAACUGUAGUUGGAAUACAAGGACCUCGACUGAGGUUGAGAUUAGACGGAAGUGAUAAUAAGAAUGACUUUUGGCGCCUUGUGGACUCCAGUGACCUGCAUCCUGUUGGCUUCUGUGAAAAAAAUGGUGGUCUUCUACAGCCCCCUUUAGGUUUUCGUGUCAACCCUUCCUCUUGGCCAUUGUUUUUGCAAAAGACCCUAAGUGGUGCCGAGUUAGCAGGGGAACACUGUUUUAGAAGGGAACCUCCAACCCCUUCCAGUAAUGGCUUUAAAGUGGGCAUGAAGCUGGAGGCUGUGGAUAGGAAGAAUCCCCACCUGAUAUGUCCUGCUACAAUUGGUGCUGUCAACAAGGACCAGGUGUUCAUCACCUUUGAUGGCUGGAAAGGGGCAUUUGACUAUUGGUGCCCAUACUUCUCCAGAGAUAUAUUUGCAGUAGGAUGGUGCUCCCUAAGUGGGCAUCCUUUACAGCCUCCAGGACAAAAGGGUCUUGCACAGUACCAGCUGAAUAAACUGAUGAAAAAUCCUUCUCUUCUGUUGACCAUCCCACCGUCAGUCAAUGUAGCCAACCAUGGAGGCGGUCGGCCAAGUUCCCAAAGUCAGGUGUCUGAGACAGAACCAAGUCCAGGUGGAGCUGGGUCACAGCUGUCUGCAGAGUACACUCUGGCUGAGCCUGAUACUAGUAGUCCAAAUAACAGCACAUCAGUCUGCGUUUACGUGAACCAAAGUUGUAAAUGUGGUCCCCACCUGAAUAGUAAAAAGAUUUCUCAGCUUCCUGCCUACUUUGGCCCUGGCUCAAUCAAAAGAGUGCUCCGUGAAGCUGUACAAGCAGUAGUUGACUGUGCCAAUAACGAGAAAACGGUCUUUAACACAAUUCAAGGGGGAAGUGGCAAUAUGGUUGUUACAGCAAUCUUUAGUGGUAGUACUCACACAAAGAGGCUUCCUGUUAUUGAGAAGGCCUCUGCAGUUUGGAGCUACUUAGAGAUCCUACUGGAGGAUUUGUUUUGUUGUGAAAACUUUUAUUCAAGUCAUCCUUUAACUGGCUGCCCAAAGUGCAGUAUUACCGGUGCUAUAAAAGAAGAAGAAAUCUCACUGAGCCCCAAUUCCUCCAAGCACAGACUGUACUCUGAGUCAAUGGAGGGGCACACAAUAUCUCCUCUGCCUGAGAAGCGAGGCCCUGGACGCCCUGCCAAACACAGAAGAUCAUCCUCAACUGCAACCCUGGAGCAAAUGGAAAGCCCAGGUGCUGUGCCUCCAGUAAAAAUGCCCCGGUUACAGAGAAUGCCCUCUGGGCAACACUCCCUUGCCCAGUCCCCCAUGCAGUCAUCCAGUGCAGGACUGGAACAGGAGGGGCUGCUCACUGUGGACACUGUGGAAAGACCCCGACUUCUCAGUGCUUAUAAGCUACCCAUACAGAAAGUUAUUAGAAGACCAUCUGCUGCUUUUGAAGCAGAAGCAAGCUCCACAACUGACCCUCGGUCACCUCAUCCGAAUAGUGAUCCAUCUGACUGGUCAAUUGAAGAGGUCAUACGGUACAUUACUGACUCUGACUCUGCUAUGGCACAGCACACUGAACUCUUCAGAAAACAUGAAAUAGAUGGAAAAGCUUUGACCCUUCUGAACAGUGACAUGAUGAUGAAGUACAUGGGUCUGAAGUUGGGUCCUGCUCUCAAGCUGUGUCAUAUAAUUGAGAAGAUUAAGACCAGAAAGUAAGAGACUUAUAAGGAAGUAUGGUUACAAUAGACAUGGUGAAGAACAAACAGAAAAAGGGGAAAAAAUGCAUGGGCUUGACAAGUAUAGAUAAUAAAGAUUAAUGUGAAGAUAACCUUACUUUUCUUCUUUUAUACUUCAAGUGUGGCAUAUAACUGCAUGAUCCAAUUUCUCUUCAUUUUCACUCAAUUAGCUUAUAAUAAUAAUAAUAAUAAUAAUAAACUUUAUUUAAAGAGGGUAAAACAUGUUAAGUGCACACACUUAUCUUACACAUGGCCCUCUAGGGGGUGAAAAUGAAAUUUUGUGCUAAUGAAUAAAAGAUGUAUACUGUGACAAUAUAUUGAAAUACUGAGAUUUGGGGAUUUUUUUUUCUCUUGUGGCAAGCUACUUUGAAUAGAGAUAGAUUGCAAGGAAAUGUUUUUGCUGGUGUAACAGCUGGUUUAAUGUGCCACUGUUAUACCAUCAGAACUUGAUGUGAAGUAUGCUCUAUUUUUCUAAUGGUGGGAGGGGGGUAGGGUGGAUAAGUGUUUUGAAUAAAAUUAUGCUAUGUGAACAUAAUUAGUUUUAAAAACUGGUACAUUGUAAAAACAUUGCACUGCAGUGAAAUGAUCUUUCACAAUUGCCCCUUUAUUGUCUUGGGAGGUGCAUCAAGCCUUUUUUAUUAGUCUUAAUAGAGAAUUUUUGUAUGGAUUUUUCCUUUUUUGUACUGUAUGGGAAAUAAUUCCAUGCUCAGCAACUAAAUGACACUGAAGAGAACAACUGCAAAGGUUUGAGCAGAUGGAGUGGAUUUAAUUUCAUAGAUGACAGUGUAUUUGUCUCCAUGUUGUCACAAAUGACAGAUGCUGUUAUAAUGAAUCUUUUUCACCUGCAGUUUCAUCAAUUAAGAAAUGACACAUCAACUGGCAUGUAUUAUUGAAGUGCACCAGGCCCUUAUGUACUAAGUUUACUUCUGUUAGAACAUAAAAUAGGGGUGUACCAUCAGUAUUUCUGUCAGUAAUGUAUUGGUUUUUAAUGCACAGACUGUUGUGACUGUACAUGUAGCCAUCAGCAGGUUAUUUGUUUCGAUGUUCAAAAUGUGCAUAGUGUCAAGUAAGCUUCUUUUUAUUUGCCAUUAUAUUUUCUUGGAACAAUUGUGUAGAUGUGUAGAGUAAAUAUCUUGACAUUUCUCAUGGAAUUGCUCUCACAAUCUCUUAAACUUAAAUUUUACAUCUAGUGGCAUCAGAUAUAAACAGCAGAUUUGUUCUUUCAUGAUUGUAUGAAAACUGUUUACUUCUUUAUUAUUUCUGUAAAUGAAUCGGCUUUUGCUGUCUAGUUUAUGCUUGAAUAUUAGAAAAUGUACCUUUAUUAGCCUUAAAGGCAGUAAGAAGUUGUGGUAGAUUAAAUGAUGCGCGGGUGUCCUGUAUGUAACAGAUUGUGAAUGAUCUUGUACAGAUAGUAGUACUGUAUUAUUGGUGCUAGGUUUAGACUGGUUUCAGAACCAUUCCUUUAAUCUCUGUGUAUAUAGGUAUAUGCAGGACAUACAAAAGGCCAUAUAUGCAAGUAUGCAUGCCAUGGAAGGAUAUUAGAUAUUAAAUGUGACACACCUACAUAUUAUAUCAGACGUUCAACCACAAAGUUGAAAUCUGACUCACCACACCACAUUUGCCUUUGAUUUGUCCAAGACAAAAAAUGCAGGCAAAAGUUUAUAAGUUGCAAAGAGGGAAUUGCAAAGAGGGAAGGGGCUACAAGGGCGAUGAUGAUGAUGAUGAAACUUUUAAAAAUAGGUUAUCAUUUUUUGAGGUGCCAUUUCCAGACACUUGAACGUAUAUAAAAGCACACACAGAUCUUUACAUUAUGGAUUAUCACUAAGACAAAGAGUAAAGCUCAAGGGAAAGUAUGCAUCACUAUACAAUGAGUUCAGCAGAUUUUUGCUAAAAAUAUAACUUCUAGUGAAGGGAAAGCUGCAAAAUAGUUUAAUGGAAGUGUAUUCAUUUUUCUAAGAACUUCCCUUAAACCUUCAACUCAUAUGAUUUGAUCCUUGUUUUUUCUUCUUCUUAAAGAAAUCAAAGACAUGAAAUGAGCUUGAAAAGAAAUGUCAUUAUUACAUUUAGUGCAUCUUAACCAAAUUUGAACACAAUCUCAUGGUCUUUAGAGAUAUUCUGCAUGUAAAAAAAUUGUACCAAAGAUAUAUUAUGGCAAUAUUUUCAGAUUAGUUACUGCUGUAAUUUUAUAUGAAGGCAAAGUGUUGUGAUGUGAAUUAGAGCAGAUAGCAAAAUUGUCUUUAAAGGCAUAUUGUUUUGUUUUGAAUUGUUUUAUAUAUAUAUAUAUACCUAUGCUUCUUGUCUGAUUCUCAUUCACCAAAGGCCAUUCCACAGCAUUCUUAUUGUUGCAGAGGCAAAUUGAAACAUGACCCUUUAAAUUUUUCAUGUGAAUUUCCAAACUUUUAUUGAUUGCACUAUGGGUAUCCAAUUAUAAUGCACUUGUGAGAAGGCAAAAAAAAAAAAAAAAAAAAAAAAGAAUCCAGGCAUCUAGGUAAUAUUUUAGAUGAUAAACGAAGUGUUAUGAAGAGAAAAGUAACAAACAUUAUGCUUCUGUUAAGUUGACCUUCAAAUAAGAAAAUGGCAGGUUUUACUUUAUCUGCUCAAUACCAGAUAAUUAACUGACUCACGUAUUGCCAUUUCCAUUUUAACAUGCAUUUCUAUUUCAAUUUUUUGGAAUCGUAAAAAAAAAAGAACUUGUCUCACAUUUCCAUAGUCUAGAAAACUCUUCACAUGUAGUUAUAUCAUGUUAUAUGUACAUGCUUAUCCUUGCUUUCAGUAUUGAUUUUCAUCUCUGUAGAGACAAAGAAUCAAUAUUUGAACAUCACAAAUUUGUUGUAUUGAUUUUAACUAUAACUUGCUGGGUGCUCAGCUUUGCACAUUUCACUUCAUAAUUUGAUCAAGCAUUUCUCAGAAUGAUGAUGCAAUGUGCAGCAAUGUAUGAUUUUAGUGCAAAAUUAAAACUUAAUCAAUUGUAUCACUAUACAUAAAUUUGCUGAAAAGAUAAACUUUUGUAGAGCAAUUAUUACUGUAUUGUCGUAGAUGUUUGUCUUAUGAACAACAGACAAUAAAGUGAAAACAUAUUUCGUA